UCCAAAAUCCAAAUAUUCUCGAUUCAUAAAGAAGCAUAACCACCAUUUCUAUUUCUGAAAACCACUUCUUUUCUCUGGAGUACAUUCAAGGUAACCUCUCAUCCCUGUUAUCUUUCUCUCUGUUACAUUCUUCAUGUGAGACUUGUCUAAAUCCCAAAGCAACACAUUUUCCUCAAGCUUUUGAAGUGGGUCUGCGUGACCCUGCUCCCUUUCCACCUUUGGAUCUGGCAGUUUCCGACUGGAUAUGAACUUUUGGUGAAUGGGUUUUAGUUGAUUCAGAGAUCCAGUGUGUAAGAUUGGGUUUUUUUCUACUAGAGUUAAAGCUAGCAAUGGAGCCGCCAAAUGGGUUUUUCUCUUCUUUAUGGAACUUCAUAUGUUUCUUGCCUUACUUCAUCGGCCUUCUCAUUCUAGGCCUCAUUAAAGGGGUGGUGGUGUGUCCGUUUACAUUUGUUAUUAUGACAAUUGGGAACUCAUCAAUCGUGGUGGGUCUCUGGCCUGUGCAUUUCUUAUUGACAUACUAUUCAGUAUUAAGAUGUAAAAUGUUAGGGCCGGUUUUGAAGUUUGUUCUUUGCCCAUGCAUGUUUGUCAUCUUGAUUUUGUGGCCGUUGAUGGGAAUUAUUGGGAGUGCCAUUGGUGGUUUAGCUUAUGGCCUUCUUGCACCCAUGUUUGCUACUUUUGAAGCUGUGGGUGAAGGAAAGACUGACCCUUUUUUCCACUGCAUUUAUGAUGGAACCUGGGACACUAUCAAAGGAAGUUGCGCUGUUGUUACUGAUUUUAAAGAUGUUUGCUUUCAUUCCUACUUCUCCUUUAUGGAUGAUAUAAGAACUCAUGUUCCUCAAGUAGGAGAAUACUAUGAGAUCAGAUUGCUCCUCCUUCCUGGUGCAAUCUUAGCCGGAUUACUUGGUAUCUUAGUUGAUAUCCCAAUAAUCUCACUUAUUGCUAUCCUGAAAAGCCCUUAUAUGCUCUUCAAGGGUUGGCAUAGAUUAUUUCAGGACUGUAUUGGCCGGGAAGGCCCUUUCUUGGAGACAAUUUGUGUACCGUUUGCUGGCCUAGCUAUUCUCCUUUGGCCUUUAGCUGUUGCUGGUUCUGUUUUAGGUUCUAUGGUUUCAAGUUUAUUUUUAGGUGUCUAUGCAGCCGUAGUUGUUUAUCAGGAGGAUUCCUUGUGGUUGGGAUUAAGCUAUAUUGUUGCCUCUAUAUCUAUCUACGAUGAAUACAGCAAUGAUGUUCUUGACAUGCAUGAAGGAUCAUGCUUCCCAAGGCCUAGGUAUCAAAAGAAAGAUGAACUAGGAGGCAGUCGAGCAUCUUCUUCUUUCUCGAAGCCUCCAUCCUUCAAAAAUAUUCAACGCACGCCAUCACUGAAAACUCCCAUGCUUGAACUUAAACCGCUGGAGCUGCUCGAUAGCUUGUUUGAAGAGUGUAGAGGACACGGAGAACAAAUGGUUUUGGAAGGAUUAAUAACCGUUCAAGACAUUGAAGCUGCCAACAAGUCGAACAAAGAUAGCAAUUCCUCGAAGGUCAUAAGCAUUGGAUUGCCAGCUUAUUGUCUCCUCCAGGCAUUAUUUCGGUCUGCAAAAGCAAACACGGCUGGCAUUUUGCUGAGUGAUAACUUUACGGAGAUAACUAGCUCAAACAGACCGAAAGACACCAUCUUUGAUUGGUUUCUCAAUCCACUGAUAGUUCUUAAAGACCAGUUGAGAGCCGAAAAUUUAUCAGAGGAAGAAGAAGAUUAUUUAGGCAAACUAGUCAUUCUGAGCGACGAUCCAGAGAGGAUGAAGAAAUACCCCCCACCUGAAUCCCAGCUAAGGAAAGCAGAACUUGAUGCAUUUUCCCGCAGGCUUAGGGGAAUCACAAAAUCUGUCUCGAGAUAUCCAACAUUUAGACGACGCUUUGAAGACAGUGUGAAGUCUAUAACAGAUGAACUUGCCAAGAAAAACGAGAGCAGUACAGAAAAGAGGAUAGCCACGAGAUCAAAGAGUGCUCUUGCCAGGAUAUUUAGUCAGAAAUCUUUCAAAUCCAAAACUGCAUUCGAUCGAGAAGAAGAUAGAGAUGUGGAGAUCGCUUAAAUAAAAACUUAUUGUAUAACACAUACUCAACAUUUUGGUGUCUUUAGGAUAUGUUUAUAGCUUUCUUUCAGAUAUGUUUAUAGCUUUCUCAAUAUCAUAUGAAAGCUAAGGCAAUUGAAGUUCUUUUUGGUUCUACUC